AUGGGAACUAUGACAAUGGAAAUGUGGAUGGCUUUAAUGGUUGGAAUUUUACCAAUAGUGGGAGUGAUCUUAUGGUUUUGGAAUGACAUCUGGUUUGCUAUUCCCGUUAGGCUUCGGGGCAUUGCCGAUGGCACAGAGCUUCCAGCUGGUUACAUGGGCAUUCCGUUCUUGGGAGAAAUGUGCACGUUUCUCUGGAAUGUUCAGAACUCGCCUCUUUGGUGCACCGUCCAUGCUUGCUUCCCAUCACUGAACAAACUUGUUUCGCAAUCACCUGCUCUAUUCAGCCAACAAUGGCCUUUUGCUGAACUUUUAGGCACUGAUUCCAUUAUUGGAUCUCAGGGCGCAGAACAUGCUAGACUCAAAAAAUUUGUCGUAAAAGCCAUCAAUAAGCCUGAUGCUCCCCACAGGGUGGCCCUUAUGGUCCAGCCCCGCAUCAUUAGUGUCCUCCGAUCCUGGGCACAAAGGUUCAGAAUUGUAGCAUAUGAAGAAGCAAAGAAGAUCAAACCCCCUGCUAAGAUAUAA